AUGUUCACGGGACCUUGGCCAGUCGACCCAGAAUUGGAAACUUUUGAGAAAAUACAGAAGCUGCACGAAGCCCGAGCGAGGGUUAGUGAUGCCUGGUGUCAGAUUUGGGUUGAUCAGAAGCUGGACAUGGUUAUCGCUCCUGGGUCGCAGAACACAGCGACUGCUUUCGACACGUAUGGAUGGCCACCUUACACCCUGAUGUGGAAUUUGUUAGAUUAUCCUGCCUGUAUCAUUCCGUUCGGGAAGGCGUCCAAGGAGCUGGGUCCUGAGAAAAUGCAGACUGGUGAUGAUGUGCAACCUGAUUACCAUCCUGAUGAAGUCGAUGGUGCGCCUUGCGCAGUAUAA